GUCGGUUGGUUGGUUGGUCGGUUGGUUGGUCGGUUGGUUGGUCGGUUGGUUGGUUGGUCGGCUGGCUGUCGUUCAUCCACUGAAACACGACAGACCACUUUCCUGCAGUUUGUCCACAGUCACAAAGUCUUUAAGAUUGAUCAGAUUAAAAAAAUAUUUGUGGUUGUUUUGUUCCUUAAAGGACAUUAUUACUUAAAAAGAGACUUGGGGAGCGAUUUGUUGUCAAGAAAGACAAAGAUUGAGCUGUGAUGACAUUGACCGAGACAAUAACUUGGACCUUGUGUUGAGAAUUGUUUUUGUCAAACUGCUUAUUUCCCUGAAUCAAGAAGUGACAGCGUCCGUCAGACGAGCGAUGAGCAGCAGUUUGAAUUAGCCGCCGUUGUGUGUGUGUCGCUCUGCGGGACCACGAGUUCUGGACAGAGAAGAGCGAAGUCGGAGGAAGACUCCAGCUUGCAUGACGUCUCUUUGCAGCCUUGUCGUUAAAAAGGUGAUUGAGUCCGCAAUUUCUCCUUCCAUCUGAUCAGAGCAGCUGCCUGAGAGACAGAGAGAGAGAAUACUGCAGUCAGAUGUGUCCUGCAUCGUGAUAAACACCACGUGUGUGUGUGUGUGUCCGUGUGUGUGUGUGUGUGUGUGUGUGUGUGUGUCCGUGUGUGUGUGUGUGCUCAAGCAAGGUCAGACGGACGGAGAGGGAGGACUGAAGGAGUGUGAGUGAAGACAGGUUAAAAAAACAAGAAGAAGAAGAAGAACAAGAGGAAAAAAGACCAAAAAAACCUAAAGGAUGAUUGACAGGCAGCCUCAGACGGUUACGUCACCGCGGCCACGUGAACAUUGUGAUGGAGGCUGAGGUGGAGCGGUUCACAGCUCUCAGAUCUUCUUUUUUUCCUGCUUCUCGAGGGGAAAGAACAAGGUGAGGCUGUGCUGCAGUGAACAUGUGCCUUAGGUUUUAAGUUAAAGAACUGUAAAUGAACAUUCACCUUGAAGAGUCAACAUGUCUGCUGAGUCUGUGGCCAUCUACCACCUUCCUUUGACGUUGGAGCCAAACUAUCUUACGAUCUUGACCAAACUGAGACCGAGAUCUGAGUUUGUGAGAUUUUGCUGUAGAUCCAAAAUAGUAAUCCGGAUCCAGAGGGUUUGAAUGUGGUUUGACGAGGGAGAUGUUGGGUCUUGUGUCAUUCUAGUUGAUUCUGAAAUAUCUGUUUUUAUAUGCGCUAAAUAUUUUUGGUGUGGAAGUUAAAAACAGUUGCAGAUUUUGAAUAAUUCAGUCAUUCAUUUUAGUGGCCUUUUUUUUGCCUCUGCACUGGCAGCAGCCGUUUGCUGGCUGCGUCAUGUUUUUGCCGUCGUGACGUCAGGAAAACCUGGAAGAAAUCCCUUCAAAUCUUGCGGCCUCUUGAACUUGAUGUCUCAUGAAAGCUUGGAGGGAAUCUCUCUUCAAAUUCUGGCACAAAUGUUCAGUGAAAUUCAAAGAAACUGAUAAGAAUGUGAUGUUCAAAGGCUGAGGUGACGUAGGCGUCCUAACAAGAUGCUUUUGGCAUGUACCAGGCAGCGACCUUCUGCCGUUCUUCUUCAAUUAUCAGCAUAAUAUUAGUUUCUAAAUGAAGUCAAGUCUUUAAUAGGAAAACUGCAGUCCCACAUCUGCCUGUGUGUACCACAGCCAUUAGAUGGCGCUAGCUGGCAGAAAGGCUUGCAGGGAGGGAGGGCAGUGUGGAGGGUGUUCUGUUGAGCUGCUCUGAUCCCUCCGACUUGCAGAGGGUUAGGACCCUGAACCCUGAACUUGUGUGUUGCAGUGAGGACUGAUGAGAUUACAACAACACAUAGGGGUAAUAGGAUUCACUGGGAUGUACGAACUGCUGCUGCUGCUGCUGCUGCUGCUCGGAAGAGGAGGAGGAGGAGGCAGGUUUGUGUUGACAGACUGUCGAAAUACACAAUUGCAAUUGUUGUCGUCGGUCAAAAGCUGUGGAGGAUGGCCACUGAGAAUCAAUCGUACAAGAGUACAGGAGGGUUUAGUUCUAGAUCUAGAAGCGAAGAGAUGAUCAGGAAGUUGGUUCAGUCUGUGUAAAGCGUAUAAGCUUAAUUUAGCUUGAGUUUGUUUCUUACUGAAGUUCUUAAAAUGAAAAUUUGUUCACAGACAAAUGGUAUUCCAGAAGACCUUCUCCCAAGCAACACUUUCCAGCUCUUCCUCAGGGGCCUUGGAUCCUUCACGAUCCAAGGCUGGGAUGGGAUGGGUAACUAUCUCUCCUCCACCCUGGAGAGCACUGUGGCCUCAGGUGGUAAUGACUCUCAUCCCGGCAUCGUGGUCUGAUGAAACCAACAAAACAACAUCAUCUGCAAAGAGUCUGAACACAAUUUGGAGGUUCCCAUAUCGGACACUCUCCUCACCCCGCGGCAGCGUCUCGAAAUCCGGUCCACAAAACCCAGGUUUCCUCUAGCCUGGGACCCAUAUGAAUUCUCGGAGCUCAUUAAAAUUUUGCUCUGUCAACCUAAGUCGGUAUCUCCUCCAUUGGGGAGUCCUCGGCAGAAAAUGACCGAUUAUCUCAUAAUGGGCGGGUAUUAUACCACGACGCAGAGGGAAGCGACUAAAAACCAAGAUGGCUGCCGCUAACGAACGAGCAUUUGACUAAAAGAACCAGAUAUUUUCACAUUUCUCCCACAAACACGUCAACACUGGUUCACAGACAUUGUGGAAUCAUCAUCACAGACAUCACAGAAGUCUUUCUAUUUGGGUUUCUAAACAAACGUCACGUGAUCCGUCUGCGUCCGUUGGUAACGCCUCUACCACUAAUACAUAUUUGAGUAUUAGUUGGACUACGCCAGGCUAGGUUUCCUCAGCUCAGUUAGUUAUUGCAUUACCACAAUUAGAACAGUGUUCUGUCCCACGGCAGCAUUGCUUAACCUUAGUACCACAUCUUUUCCUCUGCCUUUAAGACUGAGCAACAGCGGCGGCUGAUGUAGAGAGAGAUAAAGAGAUUUACCGUCAAACAGAACUGGACAAAAGAGGAAAGCUUAAGAUAAAGUUUGAGAAGUAAUUCAUCCUCAGUGUGAGAGAUAUAAUGUUCAGUCAUCGGCAGAUGUACACAAACAUAGAGACAAACUCUUCUGAACACAUUUUGUUCUUUUCGUUCUCCCGUUUCUCCGUGUGACCUUGUCAUCCUUCCACCUAUUGGCAGCCAGCUUCCAUCUGUCGCUCUUUUAUUGUGCAGAAGACAAUUAGACACAAUCAUCCGUCUGCGUCAGCGACGACCUGCAGGUCACGGUCCACAUCUUCAUACGUGAAUACAGUUUAUUGAUGACGUGUUGUGGUAAUUAUGGCAGAACAAAAACCCAGAACAACUGAAUUUUCACUUAACACAGCAGAGAUUUAAUUCUUUAAAUUUCAAUUCAUUUUUAAAUACGGAACAUCAUCAGUUCCAUAUGAAACAUUAAAACACAAUUCAUUACCACACCUGCUUUUAACACGGACAGUAAUUGUAGCAGCAACAAGGUGAAAUUCAUCAUAUUUUUUCUUCACAACAAUUUUUCUAAUAACUUUUCCAUUAAAUAUCUUUAAAAAAAACACUCUCCCUCUCUGACUUCACCAAAGGCUGAACUCCGAGACGUUACUUCCCUGUCGUGAGGCCGGUGGUUGCGUCCGAGCAUCUCCUGAGCUGUCAAUCAAGCGUUUUAUCAGACAGAGGUUUUUUUUUGAAAGUUUGUAUGGAGAUAUUCAAAUUUAUUCAUAGUUUUGUUCCUGUGCGUUGGAGUUUAAUAUGUGCUUAUCUCAUUUUUCAAAAACGAUUAUGUAUCUGUCACUCCUGCGCUGUCGGAGAUGCUUUUACCACAUGAGGAGCUUUGUUUCAUCCUGGCAUGAAUACGUCGGGGAAUAUAAUCAUUUUCUACUCUCCCACUUCUGAGAAGAUUUCUAGACCCAGACUUAAGGUUUUUGCGGCGAUUAAAGCGGGUUACGGUGGCGAUUGACUGUUGGUUCGUUGGGGGUUAACGUUGAUGACUUCUAGGUCUAAAAGACUUAGAAGAUUAUUAACACUGUCACAAACAAGCAGCUUUCCCCCGACAGCUGAGCGCGACAUUUUCCAAAGUCUUUUUAGGAAAAGUAAAACAAUAGAAGGGAAUGAAUGCAGUUGGCCACUGUAAAACCCAGAUUCAUCCAUGAAAUAAAUUAAAAUACUGAUAAGUUCACACAAUGUCCUGGACUUUCUCAAAAUGACUAGAAGACUUUGUGAGCUUGUGUGUUUUUUUAAUACAUUUUUUGCUUUUUGAAUUAUAUUUACUUAAAUGUAUAAUUUCAGAAAAAGCCCAAUUAAUUCAAGGUUAAUUCACAACACAUAUUUUGUACUUUGAACAUAUUUUAAUAGCUGAAUGAACUAAAAAAAUGGUUGUUAAAGUCGAUAUAACAAGAACUCACUUCUGUUUACGUAGGUGAAAUGUGUUUUUUCCCUUUAAAUUACAAAAAAUAUAAUAAUACUAUAAUAAUUACAGUGAUGCAGAGUAAUACUGAAUAUGUAAAAUUAUUUUAAGUCAGGGUAUAGUCUGCCUGAAAACACUUUUCAUCCUCUUUUAUUGACCUUCAACAAGUGGCUACAAAAAUAUUUCAAACUAACAUAUAGAUUUUAAUAAAACAAAAUGUUUUUGAAAUGUGGCAGUGAGGGUCUUUGGGUGAAUUUUUAGAAUUUUUGAAAUUGAAGGAUUAUUCUUCAAAAUUAAAAUUUUGCAAAGAGACUUGCACAAAUUAAGUAUUAUUCAUCAUGAGAGCAAAAACGUUUAUUCUAAAAGAAAACACAUAUUUGAGCAUCUACAACACUGUUACCAUAUAAAAUAUUCACAUUUAUCUGAGAAAUAUUUCAGGUUAUAUCAGCAAGGCAUGUUUUGAGCUGUUGGUGGUUCAUUUACCUGAGAGACAGUCAAACACAAUUUCAAUUAAAACUCUACUUCCAACUUUACCAACGUUUUAAACACUUAUUUUGUUGUAUUCAGUGGACAAGGUGAGACGGUGAAGCCAAACAAUAAACACAUAACCAACAGAAAUCCGGUUCUAUUUUUAACCCACACCAGCGGGCUUUACCACGUUGACCUAAUCUGAAGGUUACAAUAAUAACUAGUAGGGUGGUUGGUCACUGCGUAGGGGUCAGCGACGGGGAGAAGACCUGGAUUUAUCCUGCGCAGGCUUACCAAACAUGCUUAGGGCGACGAAAGAUCCAGACCUGCUGAUAAGCUCCCGUGGACGACUGCGUCACCUCUUCAUGACUCAUGAUCUUUUAUCUCUUUGAAAAGAAACGUGUCAAUUUCGACUGAUGAUGAUGAAUAAGGUCCAAAUAUCUAAGACGUGGACUGAACGCUUGUUGACGAACCAAAUGAGAUGCCACUAGGGGUGAAAUAUCGUUUCACAAAUAUCAAACAACCAUCGGAGUCGCCCUCUGCUGGUCAUUGCUGAGAAUACAUGUUUCAGACACUGUUUCUCCGUCAGACACCAAAGUCUGCUCCAGUCUUUCUGACGUGAUGAGGUCUGUACCUCUACGAUCCCGUUGCGUACAAUCCCUUUUUUGUUGUUUUGUAGUUGUGUCGUCUGGUGGGGUCAUUUGUGCUUCUGUCAAUCGUCCAAUCGGAGAUGUGGGACUUUAGUCCUCUGUCGCGAGCCUGUUGAACGGGGAGGUGUGGUUGACAUCCACGGGGUUUGGAUCAGGACUAACGGCUCAACUGAAUCCUCAAUUAAAGACACUUCGGAUGCCAAAGUGAUUGGAGCGAAUUCAAAUACAGUUUGACCCAGUUCCUGGGAUUUCAGUCGGUCAGCAGACACAGGGAAUGUUUUUUUACAGUAUAGAAAAGUAGAUUUUUACAAUGCAACUAAGAUAAAACCAGUAGUUGAUCUGUUCUAUUAGGAGCAGCUGUGGGCUGAUGAAGGAUCUUGUUGGUUUUUAUUUCUUUGUGUGAAAUAAACGUGAAUCACUUUCCAUUCUGAGAGCAGACGUCUUCAGCGUGACGACCAGUUCGACGAUUCGACCGCACACAUCCACGGGGUUUGGAUCAGGACUAACGGCUUUGAGGGUCGAUAGACGAAAGGUUCGAGGUAUUCACGUUCGAAUGAGGGUUAAGGUUUGGUGACGUAGAGAUGUUCACAUGAGUUACUCCGGCCUGAAAGAACGUGGACAGGGUAUGAAAGGUGUGAGGAGAUGAAAUGUCAGGGUCAAGUUUGGUGGUUUGGCGUUGAGAUGUAAUGGUUAAAGGUUCAGGGACGAGGUGAGGAAACGCAUUAUCUCAACGUCUGUCCUCGCAAAGACAGAAGUGUGUCUGAGAGAGAGAGAGAGGGGGACGGGGAGAGAGAGUUAAAAUUAUCCACCUAAAGCCAAUCCUCCCCAAGCUGAUCAGCCAGCUGAAUGGACUAACCAGCUCGGAGGCUUCAAACUUGCAGGCAGGUGAGAGAACUCUGGGAUCUGACGGUUGGUUAGAGGCCCAAGUUAAAGGGAUUAUUCUUGGCUGCUAAACACAGGAGGUCCUUAGAGCUAAGAGAGAUCACCUGGCUGGCAGGAGCCCAAAAUCUUUUCCCCGACACAGCGGCAGACCCUAUCAGGAAACCUCAGCCGAGCUCUCAUGGCCUGUUAACUUGCCAUGGAGCCAAGAAACCCUGCGUGAUACCCCCGGGGGUCGUCUUGAAGGCAAACAGCUGAAGAGUUUGGCAGCACCCUUCUUGUGUGUUUGGAAUACUGCCCCGGAGUUUGUGGAUCUUGUCUGAUGCUGUCUGGGAGAAGAUUUAAUCAUUGUUGACAUGCUUUUCGCCAAAACCUUCCAAUCCAAAACCAGUGAACUUCAUUCAUGGUGUUCAUCACAGUAAAAUUAAGGCCUGGGACUAUCAUUCAUCAAGGAAUAUCUUGGACUUUGCUCAAAUAUGGCCAGAGACGUCAGUCCUCUGAGUCUCAUGCCUUUGUCUGUGAGGUACAGACAAUGGCUUGGAGCCUUUCUGGGGUUCGUCCUCCCUCUCUUCCCCCUACGUCCCCUCAUUUUCUACUACUUCCUGUCUUGUGCAGCAGCAACAGGCAGUUUGCCCGGCAUAGAAUAUAGCUAUGGCACUAGCCCCAAAUUUGUUUGCACCCCAAUUCCCCCGGAAGCAGACCCCAGCUGCUAUUCCCCACCCGGUGUGCCCCAUGGACCCAGCAGUAACGGCCACACUAACGGUCACGGUGGCAGCACCUGGCGAGGCACGAUGUCAGACGAGGCCAAAGCCACCAUCUUACACCUGCGAGAAAGCCUCGUGAGGCAGAAGGAGACCAUCCUGGACCAGCGGGAGACCAUCAGGGAGCUGACUGCCAAGCUCACGUUGUGCGAGGGUUUCGGCGGUCACCAUAGCAUUGGUCAUCACGAUAAUCACCACGAAAACCAUCGCAACCCUCAUCACGACACCCACCGCGAGAACCAUCACGACACUCACCACGAUGACCACCCCGAUGAUCACCACGAUGAUCACCACGAUGACCACCACGAUGACCAGCACGGGCAUCACGGCAGCCACCAUGGGUCAUCAUCGUCACACCACGGGCCGUCUUCGCCGUAUCACGGCAUCGAUCACCACUACUCCCACAAUGGCCACAGAUCAGACCCCCACCACAGGAAGGGCUCGUCAAACAGCAAACACAGCUCCUUCUCCCCCGAACAGACAGGCAAGACCCUGCAGACGCUGAAGGAGAGGCUGGAGAACCUGCAGGCGAGGAACUCGUCCAGCUCGUACUCCAGCUCCCUGAGAGAACUCCUCCAGCGGAAGAUCACCGCCCUGGAGGAGCAGCUGCACACCUACUACCGAGAUCACCGUGAUUACGGUCAACACAACGACCGCCAUGACGACCGCCGUGACGACCACCAUGACGACCAACACGGCACCAGCCACCAUGACGACCAUCACGAUGAUCACCACGGCAACACCAAUCACGAUAGUCACCACGCCAACGGCCGCCACGACGACCACCAUGACGACCAUCACGAUGAUCACCGCGGCAACACCAAUCACGAGAGCCACCACGGCACCGGUCACCAUGACAGCCACCACGACAGCCAUUACAACAACCACCACCCCGGCAGGCCCCGGUACACCCACCACAGUGGUCACCGUGAUCGCCAUCACGAUCACAGCUACGGGCACCACUACGAUCGGCCCCGCGGCCGGCAUCACGGUCACUAUAGCAACCAUCAUGGUGACCACCACGAUGACCAUCACAGCGACCACCACGAUGACCACCACGUCGACGAUCACCACGUCGACGAUCACCACGACUACCACCACGAACCCGGCCACCACGACGAUCACCACGACAAGCACCACGGCAGCGACCGCCGUGACGGCUACCGCGGCAGUGAUCAUCACCCUCGACGAUUGCCUUCCAGCAACAAAGAAACGAGUCCGCGGGGAGCCGGGCACAGCAAGCUGGAAACGGUGAUUGGCCAACUGCACCACGGCCAGGACAACCAUGGAGACCACAAGAAGCUGAAGAGCCCGAGCGCCUUCCUGCUCGACUUCCCCAUGAGGACCAACUACAUGUACGGCAGGAUGAAGCGGACGGUGGUCAACGAGGUCUUUGCCCUGACCAUCGGCCUGUGGCUGAAGGCGGGGCCGGGCCCCGGCCUCGGCACGCCCUUCUCCUACGCCGUACCAGGCCAGGCCAACGAGCUGGUGCUCAUCGAAUGGGGCAGCAACCCCAUGGAGCUGCUCAUCAACGACAAGGCGGUGACGCUGCCCAUCACCUUGACCGAUGGGAAGUGGCAUCACGUGUGUGUGACGUGGUCGACGCGCGACGGCGUCUGGGAGGCCUACCAGGACGGGGCGAAGAAGGGCUCGGGACAGAACCUGUCGGCCUGGCACUCGGUCAAACCAGGCGGCAUCUUCGUCCUGGGGCAGGAGCAGGACACGAUGGGCGGCCGCUUCGACGUCACCCAGUCCUUCAUGGGCGAGAUGUCCGAUCUGCAGUUCUGGUCCAGGGUCCUGACGCCGAGCGAGAUCCACAGCCAGGCGACCUGCGGCGGCCACCUCGUGGGCGACGUCAUCUCCUGGUCGGAGGAGUCGGUGGAGCUCCACGGUGGGCUCACCGAGUUCCCCUUCGAACCCUGCCACUAAGCGCCGGACCCCUCGCUCACAGGGCUACAUUCCUAAAAAUGAUUUUGUCUCGGAUCAAAGAUGAUGGAAUAUUUUACUCGGUCGCUCUGCUUCGGGUUUUCAUCAGGUUGGUGCUGCAGAGCUGUAAUAACACGAGGCCACUGGGCCACGGGCAGAGCGAGGAGUCUUUUAGCUUUUUCUAUCUCAUUUCUUUUCUCUUCUCGCACUUCUUCCUGUUCCUGAUCUUUCGGCCUUCUUUGCCCUCACUUCCUCGCUUCCUCAAGGACUCGGACGGCGGCGGGGGCUUUGGACUUACCGGCCCGUGUGCUCAUGACCGCGGCGGCUCCGAGGGAUCUCAAACACGUAACAGGAUUUAUCUUCCUUCAGGACAAGUCUGAAGGCGCCGCUAGUUUUCUUCGGUAUGUGAGCAAACCCAAAACAUUGCAGGGCUCACAGGCGCAGGAGCGAUUAACAAAUCAAUCGUUGUGAUUCACAAUCUAAUAUCGGUGGAGACGAAGGAUUAAUGCUGUCGCGGGACAUUUGUACGAUGAAGUUAGCACAAAACUAAUGAUGGUGAUUUUGCACAUUGAGAUUUUCUAUUAGUAUUUCAUAUUGAAAAACCCUCUAAUAUGCUUUUUUUGUAGAAAGAAUAUAAAAAGAUAUAUAUACGUGUAUGUAACCCAUGUGUUCUUCACGUUUUACUGCAUUUUGUCAACGCAGGACUGAGUGUGAAGUUUGAAAUUGUUGGAUUUUUUUCUGUGUCUCUGUUUCUGUUGCUGGGUUUUUAAAAAGUCACACAGAGGUGACGUAAGAGGAUCUGACGGCCACGGGCCACCUGACGGCCGCGGCCCGCCGGUGCAGGUGAACCGUCCCGCAACGUCUGUCCCCCACCCGCGGUAAUGCUGACGUCUCCCCGGCAACCGGUGGCUUACUGCAGGAUUUAACCUGCGGACAGUUACAUCUGAUCCUGCCUAUUUCUGACCGGCUCACAACACAUGGCAGAGAGACAGACACACACACACACAGACACUCACACACACACACACACACACACACACACACACACACACACACACACAGAGGAGAUGAAGAGGUGAAGAGAGACACCGUUGAUCUCAGACUCAUCGUUUAUAGCUGCACAUUUUUAUAAGAAAAGGAGUCGCGUUGGUUUUUUUUUUAUUGUACAUGUAAAUAACGUCUGAUAGACUCUUUAAUUAUUUAAAGGAUUUAUUAUUUGUGAUGGUAUUUCUCAAAAUGUAAAUAAGUACAUUUAGCACUUUCAUCGUCUCAUUUAUUCCCAGUGUUGUUCCCCCGUCCCCCGCUGAGUUAAACUCAGACUCCAUCCUGCAGUUAACUCUCAACAGAGGCUUCUGUUGUUGCCACGGUGACAGGGAAUCUAUAUCUCAGCAUCAGGACCACAACAUCAGCUGUAAAUAUCCGCAGAAUGUUUCCUGAACGCCGAGACGAGCAGCACUUUGAAACCUCCUCCUCCUCCUGCUGCUUCCCGACUGUGUAGUUUCUUAUGUUUUACUCUUGUGUCUUUUUUUGGCUGUACAUAUACAAAGUGUUAUUACAGUGUGUUCAGUCCCUCGUGUGUAUAAGCCAAAAAAAACAAAACUAUUAACUUAAAUCGUAAAACUUGAAAGAGGAAAAAAACAUGUAUAUGCACUAUUAAACGCUGUCAAAUACUUGUAAAUAGGCCCAUGUCGGGAUUUUGAAUAAAAACUAUGA